ACCAUAAAGACUUUUUCUUGAAAUUAUCCUAAAAAAUCAAAUUUUUUUAGUCAAAUAAAGAGGCCACACACACAGCGAGAGUGACUGUGUCAUCUCCUACACGUUUAACGUUUUGGAAUGGAGUAGUGGGAUUCACCUUUUCCCCAAUUUGGUGACCCUCAAGGCCCUGUGUACACGUGUUUUCAUAUAGCCUCUCUUUGUCGCACUCUCGACCCUUUCAUUAUCUAACCUAAAAAUCGAUUAUCCGAGUUUGUUCUCUUUAGGAGCGCAGCAAAAGGAGCUACCCCAAUUCGAUCGGUGGUCGUUUUUUUCAGUUUUCAGUUACAGAUCGCUGGAGCACACCAGGUGUUUGUGAAAUGUCGCCAGUGAAGUCGCCGCAGGAGCUCAGUACUCCGGAUAUUGCGAAAAAAGAUAAGCUUGUAGUUAAGAAGGGUGAAGAAGAAGAACUCCCUCCAGGGUGGAAGGUCGAAGUGAAAACACGAACAGGAGUAAACGGGAUAAAAAAAGAUCGGUACUACACAGAUCCGGCCACCGGAUACAUAUUCCGAUCACUCGUAGAUGUCCACCGCUAUCUCAAAACCGGAGAAGUGGGUCCACGAGCAAAAAAACCCAAAAUCACCGAUAAAAAAAUCGUUGAACAAAGUGAAUCAAAGGAACAAACGAUUGUUUCUUCUAGUCCUUCGAGUGAAACUCCAAAUAAUAAUAAGCGACCACUAGAAGAUGAAUCAGUGACAAGAAGCAAGUCUGAGUUACCUCAACGUGCUUCAAAAAGACUAGCCAGAGUCACCAUUGAUGCACCACCACCAUCAUCACCACCACCACCACCGCCAGAGCCUAAAACACGUAAGGCUACACGAUUAUCCAGCAUCAAAACUGAUGCACCGCCACCACCACCAUCACAAUCACAAUCACCGCCAGUGCUUAAAACUAGACAAGCUAAACGACAAGCUGCAAUGGAAAUUGAAGCACCGGUAACAACACCACCACCACCACCACCGCCACUGCCGCCAUCAUCACCGCCAGAACCCAAAACCAGUCCUCAAGUUACCGCCAGACAGGCGGAGGAAUCACAAACCCAGCCACCUGUUUCUUUGGCUAUUUCAAAAGAGAAAGAGAAAGACAAGAAAUCUGAACCACAAAAGAUCAAAGACAAUGAUGGAAUUGGAAAUGCUGACAUGGCAUCCAAGCGUGUAGUAGCAACUGAGGAAAGUCUUGAAAAGGUUAAAUCUAAAGCUGAUGAGAAUCAAAAACCACAUACGGCAUUACCUGACAAGCAACCAGUGGAAUCGGAAUCUGUGAUUCCAAUUCCGAUUCCGAUUCCAAUGGCUGAUUCCCAUUCCCAUUCCCAUUCCCACCACAAGAAACAAGAAUCACCUGUCACAAACACGAACCCGGGUCAAGAAUCGUCUAUAAACUUCUGUUUAAACGAUUUUUGGACAGACCCAUGUAUCGAAUUUGCUGUAAAAACACUCACAGGUGCAAUUCCAUUGGGGGAAUUGAAUAAAGUUGACAACUUUCCUCCAUCAUCAUCACCAUUAGAGGUCCCCAUGGAAGAGCUUUGGACAGAUCCAUGUAUUGAAUUUGCUGUGAAAACUCUCACAGGUGCAAUUCCUGUAGUAGAGGAAGAUCAGAAUCCUGGAAAUGGAAUUCAAGAUUAUUUACAUCAUCAACCUAAAACAGGGAAUAAUAAUAAGAAUAAUAAGCAGUUGGAUUCAGUUGGAAAUGGUGGGUUACAAAAGUCGGCACCACCGGCAAGUGUUUCGCCGCCGGCUGAACGACGUAAUCGUUCCAUUUGCUUCGAUUACACAGCUACUUGUUACUUCUAG